CGAGCGAGAGAGAGAGAGAGAGCGAGAGAGAGAGAGAGAGAAAUGGCGCCUCGGUGCUGUGCUCUUUGAGCCAGUGUUUGGAGCCGGUUUGGAAGCCUUUCGAGCGAGACUCAACAUGGUGAACACUCGUAACAGCUCGCGGCCGGGCAGCGGCCACUUCAUCUCCUCCAGGACCCGCUCGUCGUCGAGGAACGAGCGCAACUCCGACGAACAUAAGGAGAUGAGUAGUGACGUGAGCAGUCCGCGGCUCAGCCCGCCUGCCAAGCGUCCCCACAGGGAGAUGACGUCGGAGCCCAGCUCCAGCGACACUUCGCCCUCGCCCCAGACCAAAGGCCAGAGGGUUAGCUGGGACAUUCCCACCUACCGCACCAGGUUGUCAUCUCGUAUCAUGCAAAACGGGCACGGCCACAUGGGCCACCGGAAGGAGGAGCUGGGCCAGGGCGACCACUCGCGCAUGAACGGCCACGUGGAGCUGAAGAGGAGUUGCCGUGUGAGGAAGAGCCAGUUUGCACACCUCAACCAGAGCCUGCUGUUUGACCAGCUGGUCAACAGCACUGCUGAGGCUGUCCUUCAGGAGAUGGACAACAUCAGCAGCAUCAGGCAGAACCGUGAGGUGGAGCGUCUCCGCAUGUGGACCAGAGACACAGAGGAGGAAAACAUGGACAUGUACUCUCGGGUGAAGCGGAGGAAGUCCAUGCGCCGCAACACGUUCAGCCUGCCCGCGCACCACAAAGUCAUGAGUAAAACGCAGGAGGAAGAGGAGGAAGGCACAGAAGAAUCUCACGGGGAGGAAGAGGAGGAGGACGCCGAGGAUGAGGAUGACGAAGGGGAUGAAGCGGAGGAAGCGGGGGAGGGAAAUGACAGGCCGUACAACCUGAGGCAGCGCAAGACUGUGCAAAGAUACGAGGCACCCCCGAUUGAACCAGUGAACAGGAAGCAAAGCAACCCCACACUCUUUGACACCCACAGAUCGCCAGCAAGAAGAAGCCAUAUACGAAUAAAGAAACACGCCAUCCACAGCAGCGACACAACCUCGUCCUCUGAUGAGGAGCGCUUUGAGAGGAGGAAAAGCAAGAGCAUGACUCGGGCCAGGAACAGAUGUCUGCCCAUGAACUUGACGGCGGAGGACUUGGCGAGCGGCGUCCUGCGUGAUAGGACAAAAGUGGGUGCUAGUCUGGCUGAUGUGGACCCCAUGAACCUCGACACCUCAGUGAGAUUCGACCAGGUGGGUGGCCUCGGGAAUCACAUCCAGUCCCUGAAGGAGAUGGUGGUGUUCCCGCUUCUUUAUCCUGAGGUCUUUGAGAGAUUCAAGAUUCAACCUCCACGGGGGUGUUUAUUUUAUGGCCCGCCAGGGACAGGCAAGACCCUGGUGGCCCGGGCCCUGGCCAAUGAGUGCAGCCAGGGUGAGCGCAAGGUUUCCUUCUUCAUGCGCAAAGGCGCCGACUGCCUCAGCAAGUGGGUUGGCGAAUCGGAGCGCCAGCUGCGCCUCCUCUUUGACCAGGCGUACAUGAUGAGGCCAUCCAUCAUCUUUUUUGACGAGAUCGAUGGCUUGGCUCCAGUUCGCUCCAGUAGGCAGGACCAGAUACACAGUUCCAUUGUGUCCACUCUGCUGGCCUUGAUGGACGGCCUGGACAGCCGCGGGGAGAUAGUGGUCAUCGGUGCUACCAACAGACUUGACUCUAUCGACCCGGCGCUGCGGAGGCCUGGCCGUUUCGACCGGGAGUUUCUGUUCAAUCUCCCCGGCAAGAGGGCCAGAAAGCACAUCUUGCAAAUCCACACACGGGAUUGGAACCCCAAGUUGUCUGAGCCAUUUGUAGAUGAACUUGCAGAAAAAUGUGUCGGCUACUGUGGUGCUGACGUCAAAGCACUUUGCACAGAGGCGGCACUGGUGGCGCUGCGCCGUCGCUACCCACAGAUCUACGGCAGCAGUGUCAAGCUGAAGCUGGAUGUGGCCUCCAUCGUGCUGGGGCCUGCCGACUUCUGCCAGGCCAUGAAGGCCAUCGUGCCGGCCUCCCAGAGGGCCCUGGCACCCCCGGGGCGAGCGCUGUCGCCCAUCCUCAGGCCCCUGCUGGCUGGCGCCUUCUCCUUGGUGCUUAACGCUCUCCUUAGAGUCUUUCCCCACGCUCAGUGUGCUGAGAGGGACACACACGUAGGCGGUGACAAUCAACUGCUCGAAGAGGACCUGUACAGUGAUGACGACAACGAGGACAGUGCCACUUCCAUCUACGAAAUCCAGCCUGCCUUGUGCCCCAUCAGUCCGUCACCGUCUUCUGACUCCGCCAUGCGUCGGCCCUUCAUUCAUUGCUCAUUUUCCCCCCAUCAGCAACCCACAGCGUACCGGCCCCGUCUGCUCCUGGCCGGCUCCCAGGGCUCGGGACAGAGUUCCCACUUGGCCCCUGCCUUGCUGCACCACCUGGACAAGCUGCCAGUGCACCGCCUGGACUUGCCCACCCUCUACUCCAUUAGCGCCAAAACGCCAGAGGAGUCCUGUGCUCAGGUUUUCCGCGAGGCCUGCCGGAGUGUGCCCAGCGUGGUGUUUGUGCCACACAUCUCCGAGUGGUGGGAGACGGUGAGCGACACGUUGAAGAGCACCUUCCUCACCUUGCUGCUGGACGUGCCCUCCUUCUGCCCCGUCCUCAUCCUCGCCACUGCCGAGAUGUCCUACUCACGGCUCUCUGAAGAGGUGAGGAGUAUGUUCCAGAAGUCCUACGGGGAGGUGGUCACGCUCCAGCCUCCGGGCGAAGGAGAACGGAGGAGCUUUUUCUCCGACCUGCUGCUGGUCCAAGCGGCCAGAGCUCCGCCGCGCCUCAGGAAUACAGAGCGGUGCGAGGAGGUUCUUCCUGUGGCCGAGGCCCCAGGCCCCAGGGUGCUGUCUGCCGAGGAGCAGCGUCGCCUGGCUGAGCAGGAGGAAAACACGCUACGGGAGCUACGGCUCUUUCUCAGGGACGUGACCAAGCGGCUGGCCACUGACAAACGCUUCAACAUCUUCAGCAAGCCUGUAGACAUCGAGGAGGUGUCGGACUACUUGGAGGUGAUUGGACAGCCCAUGGACCUGUCCACCGUCAUGACCAAGAUUGAUAAGCACCAGUACCUGACGGCCAAAGACUUUCUGGUGGACAUCGACCUCAUCUGCAGCAACGCGCUCGAGUAUAAUCCCGACAAGGAUCCUGGGGACAAGGUGAUCAGGCACCGAGCAUGCAGCCUCAAGGACACGGCGCACGCCAUCUUCGCCUCAGAGCUCGACCCAGAGUUCGAUCGCAUGUGCGAGGACAUCAAGGAGGCCCGCAGGAAGAAGGACCAGCAGACGCCAGUUCAGUCUGCAGUAGCAGCAACGCCGGCGGCGGCAGCGGCAGCAGCAGCAUCAACAACAGCAGCAACUCCUCCGAGUGCUUCCGGAAGCAGGAAGAGCCGAGCUGCCGCGGAACAGCAGAGCAAGGCCAGCACUCAGGGAGAGGCCACCGACAAUAAACCAUGCCCCCGCAAUCAUAUCAAGAAGAAACUCCGGCGACGACCAUCUUGGGUCCGGGGUAUCAUCCGAAAGCACAAGCACUACAAGAAGGGUGUGGAAGAGGAAAAAGGGGAGGAGCAGACCGAGGCCGAAACGGAAGCAGCAGGGCCCAGCGAUUCGUGUCUGACGCUGGACGAGGAGUCCUCCUGCGACACUCCGGGACCCCGGGCCAAUGGCCACCUCCCCCACGUCUCCUCCAUGGAGGAAGAGAGCUCCAACGAGCCCCCGGUUGGCACUGCGGAAGCUGGAAAGGAGUUGGGAAAACAAACUCAGCUGCAUUGCCUUGGAAACGAUUCCCAUCCCCAAGCAGUCGGGGGCAGCCAAACUGACACAAAACCUCCGAUUGAAAAAUCAGACUCUUCUGAAACUCAGCACACGGAGGCUCUCCAUGUAGCGCAAGUGAAUGGAAAUGAGUCCAUGGAUAGUCUAGACUCGCAGUGCCUGGAGAAAAACGGCAAGGCCGGCGAAGAAAGGACUUCCCAAAACAUGGCGGACGCUUCGGACAAAAAGGCGGCGAAGGGGGAGCACAACAGCAAUGACGAGGGGGAAUUGACUCAGGAGCACUCUGUGCAAAGUCUGGAGGAAGAUCAGGACAAAGAAGGGGACUCCAAAGCAAAGAAAUGCAAGAGGAGCCCGUCGGAGCAAAUGAAAACAUCAGUCUUGAGGAUGGAGGACGAUCUCAAACCAGCACCCCCACCACCGCCGCCACCUCCACUUGUGGUUGACCACCAGCAACUUUUGGUGCUACUCAACAUGGCGGUGAGGAAGAGCGAGGGCUUCAGCGUGGAGCAGAUGGAGCGACUGUACUCGGUGCUCAGCCAGUGCAUCUUCGCUCGCCGCAAAGAAUACGACAAGACACGACUACUGGAGGAGAUGGAAGACAGGAUCCAGCAUUUUGACACUUUCCUGUGAGAGACGUCGACGACAAAACCUCCUCAGGUAAGACCCUGAGCAACCCCCCCACCCCCCCAGACCCCCGAGCCUCCUCUUCCCAUGGGACCACAAAGACAAACAAACUGAGAGCGAAGUCAAGAGACAUUCAAUGGUGCUAUCGUCUCAGGAAAAUCUGCUUCUACACAACCAAACCCCUCCCCCUUGGAGGUGUGUCACGCCCACACACACACACGCACACACGCACACACACGCACACGCGCUAAUGGUCAUGAGCAACCCCGGUGCUACUUGGGUGCUAUUCUAACUGUAAUCCAUGCUGCUUUUCUUGGCAUUUUUCAACUCGGACAACGAGUCAAAGCAACCCCUUUCACGCACACACACACUGAUCCUCACCAGCAGAAAGAUGUGAACGCCACUUGGAGACGGACAGAAUAAUAUGGCCAAUCAGUGAAGUACACACCGCUGAGCCAAUCUCGCCCCAGAGUGGAACGCCAUAAUCGUUAUGCGCUGCCAUUGCCAUUGUUUUUUUUUUUUCCCCAUACAACUUUUUUUUUUUUUUUUUUUUUUUUACCCCCCCACACUCCCUCCCCCUCUCCUCACUUAUAUACCUGAGCCCUCCUUACUCCAUGUUUGUUAGCGAGAAAGAAGCUGUUAAAAAAAGCAUGGAUAAGCGGUGCGGAUGAGGAUAGUGGCUUUUAACGUAAAAAAGACACCUGACUAUCUCUCUACAGUUUGCGCAGUAUUUGAUAGGCAGUGUGAAAGGGGAUUGUGAUGUCACGGAAAAAAAUAUCUUGUGUGUGCAGUACCUUUAACCCUCAAUACUGAAUCAACACCUUUCAUACUGUACAGCCGUGGAAAGAAGAAAAAAAAAAAAAAAGCCAGCUUUGAUUGACACAGUUAUGCAAAAGAUUCCUGAAAAACCAAUCAAAUAUCAAAUUCACAGGACUGACUUCAACAACCCAUUCUGUUUUGUUACCUUUCUCGCAGGAGAGUGGAAAUUUUUUUUAGAUGGGCAAUGUGAAAGGGGCAAGUGAGUUUCAACGCAAACAAGACGCCCGAAUAUCUCUAAACCGGCAAAUUUGCAGGAUUGACUUCAACCCCUCAAUUCUGAAUCAAUAUGUUUCACAAAGGACAGCGAAAAACGUAGCUUGGAUGGGUGGCGUUUAAACCUGCAAAUGUGCAGAUCUACUUCAACCCCCCCAUUCCGUAUUGAUAGGUUUGCAUGGAGGACGAGCACAUGGAAUACAAGGUGUCGACUUCAACCCCCCUGAUUCCAUGUCGAGACCCUUAACACAGGACAUCCAAAAAGGCUCAAAGGUGGCUUCAAUUGCCGAGUGACAUUUAACGCAAAAUAAAGACACCUCAAUAUCUCAAGUUAAAUCAGCAAAUUCCUAAGAUCCACUUAAACGCCCCAGUUUGCUGUCUAUACCUUUCGUACAGAACAGUGGAAAACCCCCGCUUUGAUGGGCAGUGUGACAUUUAGCUAAAAACGUUUAUUUAAACUGGCAAAUGCGCUGAUCAAAUUGAACCAGCCCAUUCCGUGUUGCUGCCUUUACACGCAGGACAAAGUGAGAAAAAGAAAACAGGUAGUAGUGACCUUUAACGUCUAAAUAUUGAAAAGUUCUAAACUGUAAAAAUAUCGACCUGCCAUAUGGAACGUGCCAAGUGUUAAUCCACCCCCGUUGGAAAAGUUCCAUGUUCUGUUCUUUCAGUACCUGAGUGGAGCUUGUAUUGGCGCUAGCAACUGUUGCUAAGGCAGCAAUUUUGUCUUUAAUUUCAUUUACGCUCGCAGAAACCACCACCACCCGUUCAUCCCAGCGACCUGUUUCACACGCACGCACGGGACGAGGCUUGGAAAAGAUGGUCGACUAGUUAUGCAAAAAAAAGCUGCCGCAAGCUACCUCAGUAACUUAUUGUCAACUGUUUACUCGGUAUAGGCAAGCGGUAUUUUUUUUAAAUUAUUUAAUUUUUUUUUUUUUUUUAAGAAUCGUCGCACCAACACUCGCUACCAGUGUCAACGUGACCCCCACCCCAAUUCCCAACGUACCACCCACCCAGGCAGCAUUUUGUGACAUUAUUCAGCCUUCUUGUAUUAUUUUGGACAGAUUUCAUCUCAUGUCUAUUUAUGGUAGAUGAUUUACACUUUGUUCCAGAACCCCCCCCCCCCCCCUCGUUUUUAUGAAUUUCGUCAACCUGUAGCAUUUGUGUAGCAGGUUUUUUUGGGCGUUUGCGUACGAGGGUUUUUACACGUCUCUCAGGUUCAACACAUGCCCUUUUUUGUUGUUUUCACCGCUUUUUUGUGUGUAUUUAUUUCCCGGUGUUUACUUUGGACUUUUUUUUUUUUUUUUUUUGCAUACUGAAAAUCGUGCAGGAGCAGGACCAGACUUUUUCUUUUUGUUUUUUUUUCUUUUUCCUCCAUAUGUUAUGUUGCCAAAAGAUUUAAGAAAUGAGAGCUACAUAUUGGAAUUAAAGACAUGGUUUAGUUUAAAUGUCAUACAUUGUGAUAUUGCUUUGUUUAUUGUCGUAGCCAGUUUGGACUAACAACCAAUUUUUGUCUGGUAGUUGAAACGACUUUUUCUAGUCCAGUAUGCCGAGCGAGUGAGAGAGUCGCUUUGUUCCCGUUCUUCCUUCCUCCACGUCGCUGUCGGGGUUUCUGUUAGGUGUUUUGACCUGUUCAACACCAUGCAGCGCACUCUCAUUACUUUUUUUGUGUAAGUUAUAUUUGGAAUGGAAACACUGUGAUAUACUUGAAUAAAAAGGUGCAAAACUAUAA